UCUCUUGUCGGUCGUCACGUCAAUCGCCACGCUGCUGCUUUUAUCGGGCGCCAAAUCAACCGCUCUUCCCUUUUCAUUCUUUCAAAUCUGUUCUCUCAAAAGAUUUCUUUGAUUCGAAGCAGCCUCUGGAUCUUCGUAUGCCACUGUCUUUCAAUCCCUCGCUCCUCCUCUUUGUUGGUGGACCCCCAAUCUUCUAGCACCAUCCGAGUAUUCAUUCAUGUUUUUAAGGGUCGUCGGAUUGAUCGAGGUUAGGGUUACGCUUUUGCAAUCUCCAUCGGUUCUUGCAUGAUUUGUAUGCUCUGUGAUGGGAAUGUCACGCCCGUUGACGCCUCGGAGCUCUGCUUAUCUUAGCGCUUUGUCACAAAAAAUUGAGAAGAAGCUUCAGCGGGCAUUAGCUUCUUCAUCACAGAGGCGAGAUGUACUGCAAGAAUUGUUUGCUGACGUAGCAUUAGAAGUCGAUGAUCGAGCCAAAGAAAUAAUUCUCAGCCGGGAGGAAGAUGCAAUUGCACCUGUAGAGCAUGGAUUGGAUGGUCCAUUAUGCUUUUACGAUGUUCUUGCUGAUUAUUAUGUUCAGGUGCCAGAAAGCGGAAAACCAAUCCUUGAUUUGAUUGUCAAACUGUGGAGCCAGUCGUUUACAUGUCAUAUUUUCACCCUUUUAUUCCACAAAUGGCUCUUUGAAAUAGAGCUUGAAAAUUCUGAUGAAGUUCACCUCCGUAACUCGUCAGCUCUUGUUCAAGGUGCCACAAAUAUCUUCUGGCUUGAUAUUCAGGCAAACACUAGUCGAUUUAAAUCUCUCUUUCAGUAUCUUCUUGAAGAAGUUGCAUUUCAACCUUUCAGAUUGAACAAAAUUCCCAUACAGGUUCAAAGAGAUCUUUUUCUUUUACUUUCAAGGUUCUUAAUUUUCUACGACUCAGAUGAUAAGCUUGAGAGUCUCUUAAAGCACUUUCCUCCUUUCCCAAAUGCCAUACUAGUUGGUGGUCCAGCUGACAUGUUUGUGAUUGAACUUACAGAUCAGAUUCAAAAGUUGAAGGUGGAACCAGUUCUGCUGCAUUAUCUUUCGCACCUGAUUGUUCUCCAAGGUAUGGAACUCAGAAUGACCACAAGUACAAGGUUCAAAACUUGUCUGUACAGCUUCACCUCUCCAGGUGGUCCCAUGUAUCCUACCAGAGCCGUUCGACAUGCUGCGUGGGACGCUCUGGAUUUGCUAUUUCCAGUCGGACGAUAUCCUAGACAUCUUAUAAGCCUGUUUUUCAGAUUAUUGUACCCAUGGUACUGGCCGUCAUCUUGUUGGAACUUCGUAAUGUCGUGUAUAAGGGCGGUAUUUUUAUCGUUAUUUCGACUGGUGUUUUCGAGAUACGAGAGUCCAGACCAGCACAAGUCUUUCUAGGCACAGAAAGUAAGUUGUAUAUGUAGUAAAAAGACAUCUUUUCCCGUCAGUUUAUGCUGUCCCCCCUUUUUGUUGGGGGCUGUGUGUGUAUGUAUCUUUUUACUGAUUCAAAAUCAUCUUGUGACGAAUUUCGUUGCAUCUUUUUUAUUGAUAAGUGUUCAACAGGAAAAGAAUAAGAAAGGAGAAUAAGAACAUUAUUUUGCUUCAAUGAA